UUGGAUUGAGCGUAACUAAACGCGGGAAUUGGCGGGUAUUGGAUGUAAAACAUUAUCUGUAGCUGUAGUGUUAUAUAUAUAUAUUUUUUAUAGGUUUAAUAUACUACAGCUAUGUUUUAACAGAUCACUCGCUUCCUCAUGCUUACAUUUCACUCUCAGAGUCAACAUACAGCCAUUGUGUGCGUUUAGGAGCGAAGUUUUCAGUGGGUAAGAAGGGGUUUUAUCCGUAUGUCUGACAUGGAGUCCUUUCAGAAAGUGGAGAAAAUCGGAGAGGGGACAUAUGGAGUGGUUUAUAAAGCGAAAAACAAAAUCACCGGCGAAACCGUGGCUUUGAAGAAAAUCAGACUGGACACGGAGACUGAAGGAGUUCCGAGUACAGCCAUCCGAGAAAUCUCCCUGUUGAAGGAACUCAACCACCCCAAUAUUGUCAAGCUGCUCGAUGUCAUCCACACAGAGAAUAAGCUUUAUCUCGUGUUUGAAUUUCUUCACCAAGACCUCAAGAAAUACAUGGACUCGUCCUCAGUCACUGGCAUUUCACUUCCUCUGGUCAAGAGCUACCUGUUCCAGCUGCUCCAGGGUUUGUCUUUUUGUCACUCUCACCGGGUUUUACACAGAGACCUGAAACCUCAGAAUCUGCUCAUUAAUGCACAAGGAGAAAUUAAACUGGCCGACUUUGGCUUGGCCAGGGCUUUCGGUGUGCCCGUGCGCACAUACACACAUGAGGUUGUGACUUUGUGGUACAGAGCACCAGAAAUUCUCCUGGGAUGUAAAUAUUAUUCCACAGCUGUUGACAUCUGGAGUUUGGGCUGCAUCUUUGCUGAAAUGAUUACUCGGAGGGCGCUCUUUCCCGGAGAUUCGGAAAUCGAUCAGCUGUUCCGGAUUUUCCGAACCCUCGGCACUCCCGAUGAGACUGUGUGGCCCGGAGUGACCUCUAUGCCUGACUACAAGGCUUCUUUCCCAAAGUGGGCACUGCAGGAUCUGUCCAAAGUUGUGCCACCUCUGGAUGAUGAUGGCAGAGACCUGCUCGCACAAAUGCUGAGAUAUGACCCCAACAAGAGAAUCUCCGCCAAGAACGCCCUCGUUCACCGAUUCUUCCGUGACGUAACCAUGCCCAUGCCUACUUUGAGGUUUUGAGGUGUGUCUGUGACGGGCACAGGCUAUAGAGGCAGAGCAAUCCCAUUCAUCAUCUCUUCUUCCUGAGGACAUUCCUUCUGUAACCCAAAGACUGUCAGCCAGUUUCAGUCAAUGUGGUGCCUUUUAUAUAUCAGAGUUUAGCUAUUGAGUUAUUGUGUUGGUUAUAAGCACGGUGCUCUCAUCUGUAUAGUAGAUGACUGUGUGUACCAUGUUAUUGUGUAUUCUUCAGUCUGUUCUUUCUGGAAAAUGACAUUCCUUAACUCUGUGAACUGUUUGUUCAGAAAUUAGUUGACUGUCUGUUAUAAAAAGAAAAUCUCUUCAUUAAGAGUCCUUUAAUGCACCAGCAUAAAAAUAUUUAUUUUGGCUUGCCAAAAAUGGUCACUUUUGAUAGUUCUGAAUAUUUUUUGUAAUGGGCGAUUUUAUGCCUUUUUAAGGCAGAUUUUAUCCCUGUUUUGAUAAUUAUACAUAAACUUGUUGAGACA